AUGUCCCCACCGGGAAUCGAACCCAGGGCCUCCGGAUUGUGAGCCCAACGUUCAACCACUGGACCACGGAUGAAACAACGCUUGACUGCGAGGUCGCAAGCCAAAUUCAAAUCCAAAAAUAUCUUUAUUCAGUAGAUGGCUCUAGCGAAACAGCUGGCAUGGACAUGGAUAUUAGCGAUAACAUUUACCUUUACUUCCUUAACAAGGACUGAGGACCUACCGUGUCGCGAGCGCAAUGUAGGCAUCGAGGGUCGCUCGGUAGUGUGCGUGUGUGACGCAAACUAUUGCGACACUAUCACCCGCGUGGUGCCGGAUCCUGGCACCUUCGUUAUUUACACCACCAGCAGUGCAGGCCAGCGAUUCGCGAAGAGUUUCGGUGUGAUACAGACAGAUCCAGAUCCUGAACCAGAACCAGAAGAUACUGAAGAAGAUGGCGAUGAUGGGGGCGAUGAUGGCAGUGAAGGGGAUACAGAUGAUGUAGUUGUAAAUGAUGAAGAGGAAACCGCAGCGCCUCGCAACGUAUCACUCAGGAUCUACACCAACAGGCGGUUCCAGUACGUGGAAGGGUUCGGUGGCUCGGUGACCGACGCCGCUUCCCUCAACUGGAGAGACCUCUCUGACGGCGCGCAGGCUAAGAUGAUCGAGACCUACUUCGGUGAAAAGGGUAUAGAAUACAACAUGAUCCGCAUCCCCAUAGCUGGUUGUGACUUCUCCACGCAUCCGUACACGUACAACGAGUAUCCCUGGGGAGACGCCGCGCUAAGCAACUUCUCGUUGGCUCCCGAAGACUUGUUUUAUAAGUUGCCUAUGAUCAGGCGGGCCCUCAGAGUGUCAACUGACGAGAUCAAGAUAACCGCAAGCGCCUGGUCUCCUCCGAUCUGGAUGAAGACCAACGAGAGGAUCACCGGGUUCGGCCAACUGCGGCCGCAAUACUACCAGGCCUUUGCUGACUAUCAUUUGCGGUUCAUCGAGGAAUACAACAAAGCGAACGUAAAGAUCUGGGCCAUCACGACAACCAACGAACCGAUUAACGGAAUUGUUCCUCUGGCGCCCUUCAACUCGCUAGGGUGGUUGCCUUCGCAAAUGGCUAGGUGGGUUGCCAACAACCUAGGGCCCACGAUAAGGAACUCCCAAUUCAACAACACUCUCAUCUUAGGAAUAGAUGAUCAGCGUUACCUGCUUCACUAUUAUUUGGAAGGGAUGCGCAGAGAAGACCCCAGGGCGGUCGACUAUCUGGACGGCAUAGCGAUCCACUACUACGGCAACUUCUUCCACCCUCGCAUACUGACCAACAUUCAGAGGAGAGUUCCCGGCAAGAUCCUGCUCUCUACAGAAGCAUGUGAAGGUGCCAUGCCUUGGCACGCAAACCGGUUAGAAAUUGGGUCGUGGGCACGAGCUCGCAGAUAUGCUAGAUAUAUAAUGCAGGACCUGAACAACUACGUGGUAGGUUGGAUCGACUGGAACCUAUGUCUGUCCCCGACUGGCGGGCCCAACUGGGCUAACAACUUCGUCGACUCUCCUAUCCUCGUGUUCAAGGAUCAAGACGAGUUCAUCAAGCAGCCAAUGUUCUAUGCCAUGGGACACUUCUCCAAGUUCAUCCCAAGAGGCUCCAGAAGGAUCAGAAUGGCCAGGAGGAGCCUGGCGACUGUCCAGAAUGUUGCCUUCCUGAAUCCGUCUGGGAAUAUCGUUGUUGUCGUUCAGAAUACAGCCACAAAUGAGCGCAAUGUCCGAAUUAGAAUAAGCAAUACGAGAUUUGUUGAAUUCACAAUGGAGCCUCUAUCUAUUAAGUCUAUUGAAAUCAAUCAUAAUUAGAAUAAAAAGCGUUUAUGUAAAA